UCCGUUGCUCUGGAGCGCCUGUUGAACAACAGAACAUGUCUGAAACGAACAUGGAGGAGAAAGUAGAUCAAACUACAAACAGUAGAACUAUUUCUCUACCUAUUUCCAGGGUGCGAUUAAUCAUGAAAAGUUCUCCCGAUGUGUCCUGUAUAAACCAAGACGCUCUUUUCUUGACGACAAAAGCAACGGAGCUUUUUGUCCAGCACUUGGCUCUGUCCUCGUAUGAAAACGGAUCCAGUAAAGACACAAACUCCCUGUCAUACAGUGAUCUGGCCGAUACGGUGGAGGAGACAGAAACGUUUCAGUUUUUAACUGACAUCCUUCCUAAGAAAAUCUUGGCCAGAGAUUAUCUCAAGACGCUGGAAGAAAUGGAAAAAGAGGAUGACAACCUGUGAUGUAUAGCAAGUCAGAGCAAAUCACUGCGAACUGGUCCUGUCCACUUCCUCACUAAAAAAAAUCACACAACGCUGUCUUACAAAUUAGGACAUUUCACCCAAAGAAUUGUACUUUUACACCUCUUGGUUUAGAGGGGUUACGAACACGUUUUACUUAAUGUAGUCUCUGUUGUUUUAACAUCCACUUAUACUAUGCUGAGUCUAAAUAGACAUUAACCGCUGAGUACUGGA